GUUGAUCUUCUGGUUUGGAUUCGAGCUCAGCAACCACUAGAAUGGCCGCUCGACUGCUUGGGCCACUUCUUGGGCCACCUUCAACCGCCCAGGCUGAAUAACGUCGUUAAACGUAGACGUGAAGACCAAAAUAUUGUGGCCCCUAUCUCGAUCGCAGUCUCCUUUCGCUGCAUAGAAGUGACUAACUGCAUUCCUCUCCUCCCUGUCCCGGAGGAAUGCCUCGACGUUUGUGCACACCUGUCUGGCUUUUCUGCCAAACUUUGCGUCUAUCCAAAUGGACACUUGCCUGCACAACCACACGCACAUGCACACACUGAUGUACUACAGAUGCACCAGCACGGAUACACACAAACAUCUGGGAGGACGAAUGGAUGGAUGGACGGAUGGAGAUGCGCGCCAAAAGUCGAGCGUGUCCACAGGAAGGUAUGUGGAGAGGUUUGGAGGCCGGGUGGUCCGGUACAGAAGAGGAUGCAUUCCAUCCCGUCUUUUGACUGGCAGAAUGGUCAUCCUCUGAGCCUUGACAGCAACAAAUACGAUCGAUCUGGUGCCUUGACGAUUCGGACACAAUCUCUCCCGUUCAGUGGAUGA